AUGGCCGAGCCGCCGGCAGCGCCGGCCCCCGAGGGCGAGGAGGGCCCGGUGCGCUUCGCCCGCAAGGGCGCCCUGCGGCAGAAGAACGUGCACGAGGUGAAGAACCACAAGUUCACGGCGCGGUUCUUCAAGCAGCCCACCUUCUGCAGCCACUGCACCGACUUCAUCUGGGGCUUCGGCAAGCAGGGCUUCCAGUGUCAAGUUUGCUGCUUCGUCGUGCACAAGCGGUGCCAUGAGUUCGUCACCUUCUCCUGCCCUGGCGCUGACAAAGGCCCUGCCUCUGAUGAUCCCCGGAGCAAGCACAAAUUCAAAAUCCACACGUACUCCAGCCCCACCUUCUGCGACCACUGCGGGUCGUUGCUGUAUGGGCUCAUCCACCAGGGCAUGAAAUGUGACACCUGCAUGAUGAACGUGCACAAGCGCUGCGUGAUGAACGUGCCCAGCCUGUGCGGGACGGACCACACGGAGCGCCGGGGGCGGAUAUACAUCCGGGCAGACAUCGACAAGGACGUGCUCACCGUCGUAGUAAGAGAUGCUAAAAACCUAGUUCCUAUGGACCCUAAUGGCUUGUCAGAUCCCUACGUGAAGCUUAAGCUAAUCCCUGACCCCAAAAAUGAAAGCAAACAGAAGACCAAAACUAUCAAGUGCUCCCUGAAUCCUGAGUGGAACGAGACAUUUAAAUUCCAACUGAAAGAGGCAGACAAGGACAGGCGGUUGUCUGUGGAGAUCUGGGACUGGGAUCUGACCAGCAGGAAUGAUUUCAUGGGCUCCUUGUCCUUUGGGAUCUCUGAGCUGCAGAAGUCGGGAGUGGAUGGAUGGAGAGCCAAGAUCGGAACUGGGUCCAAGGCUGCGGAUGAGAAGACAAGGAAUGCCAUUUCCAAAUUUGACAACAACGGGAGCAGAGAUCGGAUGAAGCUUUCGGACUUCAACUUCCUGAUGGUGCUGGGAAAAGGAAGCUUUGGGAAGGUGAUGCUGGCAGAGAGGAAGGGCACAGACGAGCUCUAUGCUGUGAAGAUCCUGAAGAAGGACGUUGUUAUCCAGGAUGAUGAUGUGGAGUGCACGAUGGUGGAAAAACGUGUCCUGGCUCUCUCCGGGAAGCCUCCAUUCCUGACCCAGCUCCACUCCUGCUUCCAGACCAUGGAUCGCUUGUAUUUUGUGAUGGAAUAUGUGAAUGGUGGGGACUUGAUGUACCAGAUCCAGCAGGUCGGGAGGUUCAAGGAGCCCCACGCAGUGUUCUACGCAGCAGAAAUAGCCAUUGGCCUCUUCUUCCUGCAGAGCAAAGGCAUCAUUUAUCGAGACCUGAAGCUGGACAACGUGAUGCUGGAUAGCGAGGGGCACAUAAAGAUCGCAGACUUCGGCAUGUGCAAGGAGAACAUCUGGGAUGGGGUGACCACCAAGACCUUCUGUGGCACUCCGGACUACAUCGCGCCCGAGAUAAUUGCUUACCAGCCCUAUGGGAAGUCUGUGGAUUGGUGGGCGUUUGGAGUCCUGCUCUAUGAGAUGUUGGCUGGCCAGGCCCCCUUUGAGGGAGAAGAUGAAGACGAGCUCUUCCAGUCCAUCAUGGAGCACAACGUCGCCUACCCCAAGUCCAUGUCCAAGGAGGCAGUGGCCAUCUGCAAAGGGCUGAUGACCAAGCACCCCGCCAAGCGCCUGGGCUGCGGCCCGGAGGGGGAGCGGGACAUCAAGGAGCACGCCUUCUUCCGCUACAUCGACUGGGACAAGCUGGAGCGCAAGGAGAUCCAGCCCCCCUUCAAGCCAAAGGCUAAAGACAAGCGCGACACUUCCAACUUCGACAAAGAGUUCACCCGGCAGCCGGUGGAGCUCACGCCCACGGAUAAACUCUUCAUCAUGAACUUGGACCAGAACGAGUUUGCUGGAUUCUCCUACACCAACCCCGAGUUUGUCAUUAACGUGUAGUCGCAGUGCCAGCCCUCUCCUCGCUGCCCCAACUCCAGGUCGCCUUGUACAUACCGACACUAGUCUUCCGGGAUUAGCAGUGCAGACACACAUUCCCUCCCGCCAAACACGCCGACCGCUUCUCCUAGGAGGCCUCUCCAUGUCCGUGCCACUCGCUAGCUUGGUUUCCCUAGCCGGAGGUGUCCGGGGUGCCAGUUACCGAUCAGUGAUACUUCUAGGAACUGUAGUUGGUGGUGACUAAUAGAGUUUUCAAACAGAAAUAUACCAAAUUGCUACAGUCUCUGUAAUUUUUGCAGUGGAAUGCUGAGAUCCCAGUGACCCAGCUACUCCCAAAGCGUUGCUGUGGAAUGCUAAGCAUGGUUGAUCGCUUAAAGCGUUGUGCUGAAGCUUGCAAUGAGUGUGAGCUUGUCUUAGAGGAGCCUUUUGUUCAAGACAUGGGUACAUUUGAUCAGUGUGGAAAAAUCUGCUUAUAGACCUAUAUUUUUCAAUGCAUUGUCUAUAGGGUCAGCCCGGCUCUCUGGAGUGUCCUCCCCCACCAUCCGCCUUCCCCGUGCUCGGGCAUUACAACUCCAAACCAAUCCCAUGCCAGUUCUUGUAAAUCAGAGCAAAUCUUUUUCUAAGUGAAAGGUGGGGGUUUUUUUGUAACAUCUGGAACAGUUUGCAGUUUUGAUACGCUCUGUCAGCACUCGCAUAAAUCUUUCGCAGACACUGUCGAGAUGUAACAGCUCUGUAAAGGAUAUUAAUAUUCUACCAAAACAGAACACAUUUAUAUUCUCGGUUUACAAUUUACCAACUGAAAACACGCCCAAGACCAAAGGGCUGCACUGAGGGCUAUUUAUAACGGAAACUUUUCUACUUUACACCCUCUGCUAUUCUCUUCCAGGCUCCAAACCCAUGGAUUUCACAGGCAUCUUGAUUUCCCUGAUUUCCACCAAAAUUCCUGGGGGUUUUAGUCAGUAAUCCAGGACCUUCUGCAUAAUUUAAAAAAAAAAAA